ACUGGGUGGGAAGGAGGCGGGGCUUCGUGGCGGCGGGGGCGGAGCAACCGCAGGGAGGAGCUUCCAGAGUGGGCGUGGCUUGGGAUGGAAAUGGGCCGGGCUUGAAAGAUAGACGGGACCUACCUGGGGCUGAGUGGAGGAACCCAGCUCAGGGCAAAGGCGGGCACAGCUUAGAGCAGAAGGGGAAUCGUUCGUCUGGGAGUGCGCACGGGGAGGUGAUGGGACUGAGGUGUGUGAUUUGGCUAGUCCUGGUGGAAUUAACAAGUCUCCGGAACGGGAGUGCGGUGACUUAGGGGGGUGGGGAGGCGCUCCCAGUAGAGGGCUGAGAAAGGGGGGGGGAGGGGAGAGGUCUUGCAGAGGACCGGGCUUCCUCACAAGUCAGAGUUCAGGGAAAAACUGAAUGCAGCUUUGGAGGCGGACCUUAGCGGAGAAUGCUUGGUGGGACUUGGGAAACUCAGAGGAACUUAGCAGACUGUCCUAAUCAGAACAGCUUACCUGCUGAGCACUCGUUGCGCCCCUGCCUACGUACGUAAGCUCCCAGUAUGCAUUGCCAGUUUUGCCUAAUGCUCACCUCCACUGCAUGAGAGAUAGCCUCCACUUGCCACUGCCCUCGCACCACGCCACCAUGGAUGAUGCCCCACUGCCAGUGCCCCCGGUCCCUGCCCCGGCCCCGGCCCCAGCACCUCCCGCUGCCGCUCCCCGGGUCCCAUUUCACUGCAGUGAGUGUGGGAAGAGCUUCCGCUACCGCUCGGACCUUCGGCGCCACUUCGCCCGGCACACUGCACUCAAACCCCACGCAUGUCCACGCUGUGGCAAGGGCUUCAAACACAGCUUCAACCUGGCCAACCACCUGCGUUCGCACACCGGCGAACGGCCCUACCGCUGCUCUGCCUGCCCUAAAGGGUUCCGAGACUCCACCGGCCUGCUGCACCACCAGGUCGUACACACUGGUGAGAAGCCCUACUGCUGCCUGGUCUGCGAGCUCCGCUUCUCCUCGCGCUCCAGCCUGGGCCGCCAUCUCAAGCGACAGCACCGCGGGGUGCUCCCGUCCCCGCUACAAACCGGUCCAGGCCUGCCAGCCUUGAGCGCGCCCUGCUCCGUCUGCUGCAAUGUGGGGCCCUGCUCCGUGUGCCGGGGCGCAGGGGCCGGGGGCGGAGAGGGUCCAGAGGGGGCGGGCGCGGGCCCGGGCAGCUGGGGGCUGGCGGAGGCCGCUGCUGCCGCCGCCGCCUCACUGCCCCCGUUUGCGUGUGGUGCCUGUGCGCGGCGCUUUGACCAUGGCCGUGAGCUGGCGGCCCACUGGGCCGCGCACACCGACGUGAAGCCCUUCAAGUGCCCGCGCUGCGAGCGCGACUUCAACGCCCCUGCACUGCUGGAGCGGCACAAGCUGACGCACGACCUGCAGGGCCCCGGCGGGCCCCCUGUGCAGGCCUGGGCCUCGGGGGCCAGCUCUGGGCCCGACGUGGUGGGCGAGAGCGGCGGCCCUGCGGAGGCGGGCCCCGCGCAACCAGCCUGGGACGGCGGGCUGCUCCUGGGCAGCACUGGGGGCGGCGUGCCCGAGCUCGGGGGGCUGCUCCCUGAAGGCGGUGGGGAGGCCCCUGCCCCGGCGGCUGCAGCCGAGGCUUCGGAAGACACCCUAUACCAGUGCGACUGCGGGACCUUCUUCGCAUCAGCUGCAGCGCUAGCCAGCCACCUGGAGGCCCACUCGGGCCCCGCCACGUACGGCUGCGGCCACUGUGGGGCCCUGUAUGCUGCCCUAGCGGCCCUGGAGGAGCACCGGCGGGCCAGCCACGGCGAGGGCGGCGGCGCAGAGGCAGCCGCGGUGGCCCCCGAGGGGGAUCCCAGUCCCGGGGAGGCCGCAUCCGGCUCCGGCCGGGGCAAGAAGAUCUUUGGCUGCUCCGAGUGCGAGAAGCUGUUCCGCUCACCGCGCGACUUGGAGCGGCACGUGCUCGUGCAUACGGGUGAGAAGCCGUUCCCGUGCCUGGAGUGCGGCAAGUUCUUCCGCCACGAGUGCUACCUCAAGCGCCACCGGCUGCUGCACGGCACCGAGCGGCCCUUCCCCUGCCACAUCUGCGGCAAGGGCUUUAUCACACUCAGCAACCUCUCGCGGCACUUGAAGCUGCACCGGGGCAUGGACUGACCCCGUCAGGCCGCGCCUCCGCCUGACAGCCCCUCCCUAGGGGCUGGACGCAGGGGCCUGCGGUGAGCGACCCCAGCCAUGAGCGACCCCAGCCGUUAACACGGGGCCACCAGACACCCACGCAGACCCCUGAGCUGGGGGCAGCAAAUGAACAGGGAGAGACUCUGCAGCUCCAGAGUCCAGGAUCUCAGAAGAAACUCCUGAGCUUGACACCUCUGGAGUAAAUGCUGGGCACCCCCAAAUCAACAGGCCUCCCCAAGCUAGGGGGGGCUAGCAAUGAGAAAUGGGUCUCUACAAGUACUUCUCAUCUUGAGGACCCUACUAAUAAGAGAUGGGCAUCCUUCCCCCAAAGGAAGAGUGCCCCUCUCCCCAAGAGCCAUCAUUCCCAAGGACCUUGAUCUGGAGAAUGUGGGGGGACCAUGUCCCCAAAUUUCCCUAGAUCUCCCAAAUGCUACCCACCAGUCACUGGUGCCCCCCCCCCCCAAAGGAUAUAGCCGGAAUCUGCCUUUCCUCCACCCCCAUUUCAUUCCUUAUGCUGAAAGAGGACCAGGGUAGAUGCCCCCUGCCCUCAACCCCUGUCCCCAAUUAGGUCUCCCUCCCCUACUGCACAAUGGAUCAACCCUAGUGAAUUUCCCCAUCCCAAACACUAGAAUAGGCUGGUUUGAAAUCCUUCCCGCCCAGUAGAAUGAACUGAAUCAGAUACACACCCCUGUCCACUGGAAUGGGCUGGUCCAGAUUGUGGCCUGUACCCCCGCUCUCCUUAGGCAAAUAGGGCAGACACUCCUCCCUUCCUCUAGAGUAUGGGCCAGUCCACAUCAUUCCCCAUCCUGUGAACUCAUCUGAGUGGGAGGUGGUGGACAUGGGGUUUUCCUCCCACUCUGUUGUAGCACCUGUCUUUUCAUCUCUGUUGGUUUGUCUGUCUCUGUGUUACUCUUAACCCCAAGGGGAAGGGGGGUUUGGCUACGGGGUUCCCCCUGUGAGCCUCAACCUUGCCCCUCAUCCCAUUCCCUAAUGUCUCCAGGAUCCCAAUAAACCUUGUCCUGUCAGUCA